AUGGAAGACGACUAUAUGAAUGCGCAAGACUCGGGUAUGAACGAUGUUAUGAAUCGCGGUAGUGAAGGAAAUGAUACUAUAAGUGAUGCUUCCAAAGACUUUCCUGAUUCCACUGGAUAUGAGGACAGUUUUGAUGAUGAAGACGGUGGAAACAGCUUCCGAGGCGGUCGCGGCGGCCGCGGAAACUUUAGAGGGCGCGGUCGUGGACCACCUCCAGGCUGGAUGAACGGUCCACCACCUCCGAUGCGCUUCCGAGGCAGAGGCUAUGGACCAGGUGGGCCCCCCAUGAGGGGACGAGGCUUUUUCAGAGGACGCGGUGGGCCACGCUUCGGCCCAAACAAUGGACCGAACUUUGAUAACAAUUGGGGCCCGAUGGGGCCCCCUCCUCCCGGUAUGAUGGGCGGCCCACCUCCCUUCGGCCCACCCCCGGGUAUGAUGCCUCCUGGGGGUCCGAUGGGGCCACCUCCGAAUAUGAUGGGGCAGCCACCUCCAUUUGGACCUCCGGGAAUGCCACCACCGAAUAUGCCUGCCCCAGAGCUGUGGGUGGAGACGAAGUCAGACGAGGGCAAGUCGUACUACUACCACGCUCGGACCCGUGAGACUACGUGGACCCGGCCCCAGGAGGGGCCCACGUGCAAGGUCAUCACACAGGCCGAGAUGGAGUCCAUGGCUGUUACAGGUCAAAUGCCAGGUAUGCCGGGUCAGUCGAUGCCGAUGAAUGGACCGAUGGGGGGUCCACCGAUGGGCGGCCCUCCCAUGGGCAUGAUGAACGGUAUGAUGGGGAUGAUGCCUCCAGGAGUCGGUCCGGCGCCUGGGGCAGUUCCGCCCUUCAUGACACAACCUCCGCCUUGGGUCAAAGAUAACAACAAUCAGAUGUCGACACCGAAGUCUCAGGACAAGCAGGAGAGCUCGCCGGAGGACGAGGCGCCGCCGGGAGACGCGGCACCGCAGGGGGGCGGGGCGGGCGGCGCGGGGGGGCCGGGCCAGCCGGGGGCGGGGCCGGGGGCGGGCGGCGCGUGGGGCGGCUGGGGCUGGGCGCCGCCCCUGGUGGCGCAGCCGCCGGGCCUGGCCGCCGCCGCGGCCGCCGUGCCCGAUAAGGGAGCAGCUACACAGCUACCUCAGAUGGGUGCUCCGAUGGCUGCCAGCGAAGCCCCCAGCGAGCAACCUGCAGCACCUGUUAAGAAAGAGGAAUCGGCGGCGGCCCUGCAGGCGCGCGCGGCAGAGUGGAGCACGCACCGCGCCCCCGACGGCCGGCCCUACUACUACCACGCCGCCUCGCAGACCAGCGUCUGGGAGAAGCCGCCGCCGCUGCGCGAGCUCGAGGAGCUACAGGCUAAGAUGGCGAUUGAGAAAGGCGACAAAGCGGACAAGAAAAUAGAGAGAAUCGAUGUAGAUGACAGUAAAAUUGAAGUAUCAAAAAUUCCAGUUAUAGAUGUUGAGGCUCACGCGGAGGCUGCGGCGGCGGCCGAGGCGGCUGAGCGGGAGAGAGCGGAGAACGAGAGGGCCGAACUUGAAAGGAGGGAGAGAGAGAAAGUGGAAAAAGAGCGGGCGGAGAAGGAGAGAGCGGAGAAAGAGAAGGCCAAGACGGACAAGAGCAGACCGGUGUCCAGUACGCCUAUCUCGGGCACGCCUUGGUGCGUGGUGUGGACGGGCGACGGGCGCGUGUUCUUCUACAACCCGACGGCGCGCCUGUCCGUGUGGGAGCGGCCGCCGCAGCUGGCGGGCCGCGCCGACGUCGACCACGCCGUGUCGCAGCCGCCGCACGCGCCCGUGAGUACUGCGCCUACCGCACUAAACGCUGAAUCUGAAUCCUCGGACUCCGACGCAGAGCCCGCUAAGAAGGCCAAGGCUGAAGAAACGUCCGGCUCCCCGCCCACGGCGACGGCGGCGGCGGGCGCGCGGCGGCGCGGGCUGCAGAUCGACGCGGGCGCCGAGGCGGCCAAGGAGGCGGAGUCGCGCGCGGCGCUGGAGCGCGCCGUCGUGCCCUUCGAGCAGCGCGUGCGCGCCUUCCUGCAGCUGCUGCACGAGAGCGACGUCAGCGCCUUCUCGCCCUGGGAGAAGGAGCUGCACAAGAUCGUGUUCGACAGCCGCUACCUGCUGCUGGACUCCAAGGAGCGCAAGCAGGUAUUCGACAAGUACGUCCGUGAACGAGCUGAGGAAGAACGAAAGGAAAAGAAGAACAGACUGCAGCAGAAGAAACAGGCCUUCAGGCAGCUCAUGGAGGAAGCCAAGCUGCACUCUAAGUCAUCGUUCAUGGACUUCUCGAGCAAGUACAGCCGAGAUGAGCGUUUCAAAAAUAUUGAGAAGAUGAGAGACCGGGAGACAUACUUCAAUGAUUACAUCGCCGAAGUCCGCAAGAAGGAGAAGGAGGAAAAGGAGAGGAAGCGGGAACAGGCCAAGACCGACUUCAUAGCGCUACUCAAAGAUAAGGCGGUGGACAGGCACGCACGAUGGAUCGACGUUAAGAAAAAAAUCGAUUCGGACUCGCGUUACAAGGCCGUCGAGAGUAGUUCGUUGAGGGAGGACUACUUCAGGGAGUACUGUAAGAUGGUUAAAGAAGAGAGGAAGAAGGAGAAAGAUGGAAAGGAAAAAGAACGCGAUCGAAGUAAUAAAAAAGAGAAAAAGGACAAAGAACGUGACAAGGAUAAAGAGAAGGAGAAGGACAGCAAGAAGGAGAAGAAAAAAGAGAAAGCUGGUGACAAGCAAACAGAACCGACGGAAGAUGAGACGAAACAACCUACCCCCCCACCCGACCAGUGGGCAGAGAUACUCGGUAUACCUGGGGAGGAGGAAUCGAAGGGCUCUAAACCAACGAAAGCCUCAAAAGAAAAGUCCUCAGACAAGAAAGACGAGUCCUCAGAAGCGGAUACGAAAUCCGUAUCCCCGUCGCCGGAAAAGGAAAUCCGGUCCCCGAAACAGUUGAGGUCGUCGAAAAAAGAACAACCGACCCCUGAAAAGAAAUCGCCCAUCAAGUCGCCGCCUAAAAAACGCAAACAAGACUUCAAGUCGCCCGAGCCGCAGCCGGAGAAGAAGGGCAAGAAAGCGGAUAAGGCGGAGAAAACGGAAAAAACGGACAAGAGAAAACGGAAGAAGUCUGAGAAAGAAUACUCAGUCAAAAACGAGGUAUUCGCUCCUCAGGAGCCAGCGGCCUCAGCAUCCUCGGCCUCAGAGGCGGAGGGCUCGGAGGCGGAGAGCGCGGCGGCGCGGGAGCGGGAGGCGCGCGCGGCCGCCUCCAUCAAGGAGAGAGAGCGGCAGGUGCAGCGCGCGCUCGCCACCAGCCUGCGCGACCGCGACAAGGAGCGCGAGUACCACAAGCGGGACGAGGCCGUGCAGCAUUUCAAUGCAUUGUUGGCUGACCUCGUGCGGAACCCAGACCUGACGUGGCGCGAAGCCAAGAAACAACUGAAAAAGGACCACAGGUACAAUCUUGCCGAGGAACUCACGAAAGAUGACAAGGAGCGGCUAUUCAGCCAGCACACGAGCGCGCUCGGCAACAAGCGACGCGACAAGCUUCGUGCGUUACUCGCCGAGCUGUCUGUCGGGUGCACGGCGCACUGGCGCGACGUCAAGAAGCAACUCGCUGAACUGGGCACCGCGCCCACUUACAGAAACGCGACGCAGAUGGAGCGCGAGUUCCGCGACUACCAGCGCGACCGCCAGAACGCGGCGAAGUCCGCGCUGCGCCAGCUGCUGCAGGAGACGCGCGCGCUCACGCACCGCUCGCUGGCCGCCGUGCGGGACUCGCCCGCCGGCCUGGCCGCCGUGCGGGACUCGCUGAAGCACGACGCCAGGUACACGGCACUAGACCACAUCCCUGAGGAGCGGGAGCAGAUCAUCACCAGCUACCUGGAGGAGCUGGAGAAGAAGGGCCCCCCGCCACCCCCCACGGCCACGGAGCCUUCGCGAAGGGCGAAGCAAUGACAGUACGACAACAAUGGGAAGAGUAACAAGCAGCGGUUCGUGUCUGUGAAUAAUUUAGGUUAAUUUGUAAUAAAAAUAAUAAAAUGACUUAUAA